CACCUCUGGGAUAGAAGGGUUGUCACUCAAGAUGCCCCCCGGCUAUGAUGUACCCACGCAAUUCACGACAGAAGGCGACAAAAUGUAUGCGGGAGGACUAUAGUCGAGCUUUGAUAGCCUGGGCGCUCCUAUCUUAAUGAUAACCCCGGUCUCACUCCGAGCACCGAGGGGGUCCGUUGUAGAAUUUCCUCGGGGGCAUGUCGCUAUCAGAGCCGAAGAGUUGGAAUGUGUAGGCCCUGGAAGCAGUCUGGUUACGUCUUGCUGUUUCUAAACAUUUGUUGGAACGAUGGCAAGUCGCGAUUUCAAAUACAAGUUCUUUCUGGCCAUAAUCAUGCUGUCCGUGAACCAAAUGCUACUGAUUUUCAUCAUUUCGGACCCUGGAUCUUGUGAUGACUUGGACAACUUUCGGGCUGAACUGGAGAUACAGAAUCGCGCUGAAACGGAGGCGAAACACCGCGAGGUUCGAGAAGCGGAUCCUAUCAACCACCUCGGUCCUAUCGACAUCUCAGCGCUCGACGACAUUGCAUUUGAAGACUCGCCGAUCGUAUUGGAAAAUGCAGACACCAAGGAACAGCAAUCACAAAAGAAAGAAAACCAAGCAAUGAGAGAAGAGGAUAUCUCUGACGUACAGAAAGAUUGGAAUCUCCAUAUGAAAGAGGAAAAUCUGGGCGAGCUACCGAUAAUCCCCAGGGACUGGGAGGGCUUCAACAUGACGGAAGUUGAAAACUUCAGGAAGAUGGUGCUAAACAAGACCAGAGUGGCUACUCACCUCUACACCUCCCAGAAGAACGUGCCCGUCCACUCCAAGCUGACGUUCUUCCAGUCCAAUCUCACGGUCAAGAUCAUGAGAGGGACGUACCAGUAUUUUCCCCGGAAUGUCCAGUUCCCCAGAAAACCGCACCAGAGGUGCAGCGUGGUUGGGAACGGGGGGAUUCUGACAGGAAGUGGCUGUGGGAACGAGAUCGACUCUGCAGAUCACGUGUUCAGACUGAACUUACCACCAAUCCACGGGCGGUUUACUGAAGACGUGGGUGAGAAGACUAACUUUGUCACACUGAACCCCUCCGUACUGCAACACGAAUAUGGUCUACUUCUUGAGGAAGAAAAGGUCAGAGCCUUCGUGCAAACGGUUGCAAUGUAUCCAACCAACGCAGUGAUCUACACACACCCGUUCGACCACAAGAAGUACAGGAAACCGGUGUACCGGGCACACAAGGCGAUGCUGGGCGGCUCGGAACAGGAGAUGCGGUGGUCACAUCCAGAGUUCUUACGCGCAGCGGACCGUUUCUGGAAGAAGGCGUUUCAUCUGAAGGAGCCACGAAUUACAUCAGGCCUGCUUGUGGCGACCAUCGCUCUAUCCAUGUGUGAAGAGACCCACCUCUAUGGCUUCUGGCCUUACAGAACAGCCCAAGAUGGCAGGGUUCUAGCCUAUCACUACUUCGAGCGGCCCAUCUCAAACAGCGGCUUCCAGGACGGAGAAGAGGUGUUUAGGUCUGGUGUUGCAAACAACAAACAUCACAGGAUGGGGGACGAAUUUUCUGUACUGUGGUACUUGCACAAGAAGGGCGUUUUACGUCUCCACGUGGAAGACUGUGAGGAAAGAUAUUGACGAGCAAAGAAGACAGACUAAAGAUGAUGUUUAACAGGACGGAGAAGAGAUGUUCAGGUCGGGUGUUGCGAACAACAGACAUCACACGAUGGGGGACGAAUUUUCUGUACUGAGGUACUUGCACAAGAGGGGUGUUUUACGUUUUAACGUGGAAGACUGUGAGGAAAGAAGACAGACUAAAGAUAACGUUUUCUAAACUCCAAGCAGAUCCUACAGUAGCAUUAGAUAGUAUCAAAAGCUGCAAGAAGAGCUAAGCUGGCCUAGGAGUGUGUUUGGCUACUCUUUGGCAAGCCAUACUUCUUGGCCAGCUUUGAUACUAUCUUGCUUCAAUGGUAAAUCUGCCUGAUUAGAAGAUUUCCAGUUUCUACGAUAUAUUAAGUGAAAGAUAUAUAAGCCAUAGAUAAUAAGUGAAAUAGCAAAGUAUCUAUUCGAAUAAAGUACAUGUAUGCCCUCUUUUUAAACUUCUCAAAAUUCUUAAGGUGAUGCAAGUUCUUACCAAAGUCGGGUGCAAACUUUGAUAAGAGAUAUUGCACAGAUAUAUCAGAAAAGUACCUCAAAUAUAGCAACAUUUCAGUCUACACUGUAUACAAAAAGAUAACAUUAUUUUUGUGUACAACAUUUCUUUUAUUCUAUGGAAGUCCUUGGUUCAUGCAAAGUGGGGAAAAGAUAUGAAAACAUCAUAAAUUUGUAUUCAUCCAGUUCAAGAUGUGUUCAAGUUUGGCAGAGAAGGGGUGCGUACUGUAUCUAUUAUAAGCUUUUCCAUUCAAAAUUUCACUUCCACAAAUUUAUUCAUAACAUUUAAAGAGGACAAUCAUUAAAUGCAUAUGACAAAGUGUUGGUAAGAAUUCUUUUUAAUCGGAAAAUUCUUUACAACUCAACAUCAUGAUCUUGUUUUUUGUGUCAGUCUGAAUUCAUAUCUGUACUUGUAUGUGUACUUAAGAAGUACCAGUAGUGCAAAGUAUUAACUAUAAUUGCAACUGCUUACAAGCUACUAGUGUAUUACACUGAAUGAUGGCUAUACCAGCUAUAAAGAUAUAUACAUAAUGUAUUAUGUAUCUAUCAGAAAUAAAUUGGUGACAUUA